AAGAUGGAUCUCAAAUGUGCUCUGGAAGAAUGUUCAAUGGCACUGAACUUAUUUUUAAACAAUAAGUUCUCUGAAGCCCUGGAACUACUUCGUCCAUGGUCUAAAGAUAGUAUGUACCAUGCCCUUGGGUACAGCACUAUUUUAGUUAUGCAAGCUGCUAUGACCUUUGAACAGCAGGAUAUACAAAUGGGAAUUUCUACAAUGAAGGAAGCUUUGCAAACCUGCCAAAGAUUCAGGAAAAGAAAUACAGUGGUGGAAUCCCUGUCCAAUCUAGUUUCUAAACAGUCAGUGGAUCAGUUGAGUGAAGAGGAAAUGCAUGCUGAAAUCUGCUAUGCUGAAUGCUUACUACAGAAGGCAGCUCUCACCUUCGUACAGGAUGAAAAUAUGAUCAACUUUAUCAAAGGUGGCCUCAAAAUUAGGACGAGUUACCAAAUAUACAAAGAAUGUCAUCAGGUGCUACAGAUGACUCAGGGGAACAAAAGCAAAAAUGAAACUUAUUACCAGUUUGAAGGAGGAGUAAAACUUGGAAUUGGAGCAUUCAACUUGAUGCUGUCACUUUUACCAGGAAGGAUCCUUCGACUUUUAGAAUUUAUUGGAUUUUCUGGCAAUAGGGAGUUGGGCCUCUGCCAACUACGGGAAGGCGCAUCUGGCAGCAGUUUGAGGGCCAUUCUGUGUACUUUCACCCUGUUGGUUUAUCAUACUUACGUCUCCUUAAUCCUUGGUACAGGGGAAGCCAACCUUCAGGAAGCAACCAGUCUCCUCGAGCCGUACCUACAGAAAUUUCCGAAUGGUUCCAUUAUUCUAUUUUAUGCUGCCAGAAUAGAUAUACUGAAAGGAAAUUUUGAAAAGGCGCAGUUGAGGUUCCAAGAAUGCAUAGCAGCCCAGCAAGAGUGGAAACAGAUUCAUCAUCUCUGUUACUGGGAACUGAUGUGGUGCUACACCUUCCAGCAGAACUGGCUUCAAGCAUAUCGGUAUGCAGACCUGCUCAGCAAAGAGAGCAGGUGGUCUAAGGCAAUAUAUGUAUACCAGAAGGCAGCAAUUCUAUGUAUGCUUCCAGAGGAUGACUUGGAAAGGACUGGUGAGGACGUUGUAUCUUUAUUCAGACAAGUGGAUGGUCUAAAACAGAGAAUUGCAGGAAAAUCUAUCCCAACUGAGAAGUUUGCAGUAAGGAAAGCUCGACGCUAUGCAAGUUCUCAACCAGUGAAGCUGAUAUUACCUGCCUUGGAAAUGAUGUAUGUCUGGAAUGGUUUUGCAGUUGUGGGCAAAAGAGCAGACCUCACUGAAAACUUACUGGUAACAAUUGAAAAAGAAGAAACUGCUCUACAAAAUGAAACCAGUCACAAUGAAUACUAUAUGGAUGAUGCAUGCGUGUUGCAGUUACUGAAGGGCCUCUGCUUAAAACACUUGGGAAGACUCAUGCAAGCUGAACUGUGUUUCAGUAAAGUAAUUCAAAGUGAGAAGCAAAUAAAAUAUGAUAGUUAUUUGGUGCCGUUCACCCUGUAUGAGUUGGGUCUCCUGUACAAAGAACAGGAUGAGAGAGAAAAAGCAAUAAGAUACAUAGAAGCUGCAAAAAACAACUACAAAGAAUACUCUAUGGAGUCCAGGUUGCACUUCAGAAUUCAUGCAGCACUUGACAGCUUGAAGGUGUCACCUGCUUCAACACCUUGA